UUUUCCUUCUGUCCUCGGCCACUGGCGCUAAAAUGUUUUUUAACCUAGGCGGGGCCCCUCCCCACCAACUCGCAGGACACGCAAUAAAGUUAGGCAUGGUUAUUUCCUCCUCCUCUUCCUCCAAAGUGAUGCUUUCAGGUUUUGUGGCUCAUGAAUAUGCUUUAACGCCGAUUGGCAGGAAAAUUAUAAAUGUACGAGGGCGACGGAAGUGUUCAGAGCCCUAGGAGGAAGUUCAGUGCUUCCAGAGUCUUGAAGGACUCUGGUGCUACUUUAGCAUAUUGCACAAACGGGAGCAACGCUGAAACAUAACAUACUUCUAGCUUCACUGCAAGGCACAUCUACAGCAAACGUACCUAUGUAAACCUCGGCUGAAAUGUGAACCAGACAGCAUCUUGACGUUACAAGUGGUUACUGUAAACUAUCUUUUUUUUUUUUUUUAACAGAUGUGCGCCAACAUUCCACGCGUGGGGCGCCACCGCGCGCGCGUGUCUCCACACGCGGACAGCAGCUGACGGUGACUAACAAGUGGCGCGUGCAGCAGUGUCCGCAAGGUGUCCGUCUGACCACACUGACCGUCGUGAAUAGAAUAAACCUCCUGGGAGGGGGUGCGCGGCAGCUGAUCCUCGAGAUUCAGUCGCGGAGAGCGAGUGCGUAGCGGCGAUGCCUAUCUCACUUUUGACAGCUCGCCGCCUUGCCGUGCGUGCCGGGGUUGUUGCAGGACGCUGUCGCCGACCGCUUUGCAGUCAGCCUGCAGCACACGGGAAGCUGCAGUCCAGCUACUGGCUUGAGCCAUGCACCAAGCCAUUGUCCGAAGACACCCUGGGCACAUGCAUCGACACAGCGGCCCACAAGUGGGGGGACCGUGUGGGGUGGGCCUUUGUUCAGGAAGGGAGGCUCUGCACUUACGCCGAAUACAAGGACCAGGUGGACCGUCUGGCCCAAGGCCUUCUGUCUGCAGGAUUGGCCAAGAGUGACCCCUUGAUGAUAUGGUCACCGAGCACCUUUAAUUGGACUCUUGUGGCUGGUGCUGCAGCCAAAGCCGGUGUACUUUCGGCAAGCACUCACUUUGGCCUGACACCUCCAGAAUUCGAGAAGUGCCUGACAACCGUGAACUUCAAAGGUAUCUACAUUCCGCGACCGUUCAAGAGCUUCAACUACUACGAGAUGCUCUGCUCCUUGAUACCUGAAUUGAAGGAUUCCCCGCCAGGGCAGUUGAAGUCAAAAAAGUAUCCAUCUCUGACGACUGUCAUCAUUGACAGUGACCAGAGCGUGCCUGGUUGCGUUUCCCUGCGAGAUCUGAUGCAAGGAGGAGAAGCCGACCUGCAGGCAGCACAGAAAAACGUGACCGCUGGUGAUCCAUUCACCAUAGUGUUCACUUCUGGCACGACUGGAGCGCCCAAGGCUGCCAUGCUGAGCCACAGCAAUUUCAUCAACAAUGUCCUCAUGUACGACCAGAGGGCAAAGCUCACGCAGGACACGGUGAUGUGCAACCCACUGCCCUUCUUCCACGUGUAUGGCCUGAGUGUCGUGCUGGCUCGCCCACUUGUGCUGGGCGCCAAGGCUGUCGUGCCAGCACCCGCAUAUGACGCUGCUGCUGUCCUGAAGGCCAUCCAGGAGCACAGAUGCACUGAGCUAUGUGGUUCACCUACCAUCUUUUUGGACAUCAUCAACUCUUCUUUGAGGAAGCAAUUUGACAUCUCAUCUCUCCAACGAGGGGAGUCCGGUGGAACUGUCGUCACCCCUGCGAUACGUAGCCUGAUCCGGGAAAAGCUCAAUGUGAACUUGAGGGUGGGCUAUGGCACGUCCGAGCUGACCACGGCGGCCAUUGUGACGAGCAACGACGACCCUGAUGACAAGCAGCUAAACACUGUCGGUCGACCGCUAGCCGGCCUGGAGGUGAAAAUAGUCGACCCCACCACAGGUGCAGAGCUGCCAGUGGGCACACCAGGAGAAGUCUGGGGCCGCGGUCCCAAUGUCUUCCUUGGCUACUACAACGAUGAACAGAAGACGAAGGAGGCCAUGACACCUGAUGGCUUUUACAAGACAGGCGACGUUGGAGUAAUGGACGACGAUGGCUUUGUGACCAUCAUUAGCCGCCUGAAGGAUGUGGUGAAUCGAGGUGGAGAGAAGGUGUACCCAACUGAGGUGGAGGAGCUGUUUCACACUCAUCCAGCCAUCCAGGAGUGUCAUAUCCUUGGUGUGCCGGAUGGACGGUUAGGUGAGGAGGUGUGUGCCUGGAUUGUACUCAAGCCUGAUGUCAAGGUCACAGAUGGAGAACUCAAGGAGCACUGCAAGGGCAAGCUGAGUCAUUUCAAGAUUCCUCGCUACUUUAUCUACGAUGCCAAUGUUCCCAAGACGGCAAUUGGAAAACCACAGAAGGCUCGAAUGCGACUGUUGGCCUCUGAAAAGCUUGGUCUUGCAGGAUGAGCCCAAUGGAUGUUUGUGAUCUGUGCCUUACAAUAUAUUGUUUUCUAAUACAUG